AUGAGCCAUAUCAAUCAGCUCAAGGUUUUACUCGCAGUGCCAGAAGUCAGGUAGGUACGUACUGAAAUGAUUGAUUGGUGAUAAUCAAAUUGACCAUUGAAUAUGCCAUGCAAAAGAAUUAGAAAUGAGGAGAGAUUUCCUCCGCUUUUGGCGUUGCCCAAAUCACUUCCACCUUUGCUUCCAAACAAUAUAACUAUCAAUGAACUUUGCUAUUCUUUCUGUACAUAAAUUAUGAAUAAAAUUUUUGUUAGAUUUUGAGGAGCAAUCAAUUAAUCUUGCAUUGCAUUUCAGUUUUUAAAUCCAGAUUAAUACAGAGAGAGAGAGAGAGAGAGGUCUGCAAGGAUAGGAUAGAGAAGAGGUAAUUUGUUCAUGCAGAUGCAGUAGCCCCUCUUUUUUGUCAAGGAGAGAGAUGGUGGGAACUACUACCACUCCCAAUGCUGCAGCCAUUGAAAAUAUUACAAUAAUUGGAGGCUUAAUAGGCUUGCAGUUUAUAUAUGCCGGCAACUCUGUGUUGGUGGGUUAUUUCAUGCUCUUGGGCCUCAAUCCUUCCACUAUCAUCAUUUUCUGUGCCCUGGCCACUUCCCUCGUCUUCUCUCCUCUCUCCUUUUACCACGAAAGGAGCCUAUGGCCCAAGAAGUUGAGUCUCAAGUUAUGGAUACAAUUGCUUUUAAUAUCCUUUGGAGGUGUGACGUUGUUCCAGACUUUGUUACUCCAGGGGAUUAAGCUAACCUCACCGGCAAUGGCUACAGCAAUGCCCAAUCUUGCUCCGGGACUCAUCUUUCUCAUUGCAUCAGUUUUAGGGUUAGAGAGAGUGGAUCUGAACUGCAUGUACACCAAAAUCAAGAUUGUAGGCACAUUGAUGUGCGUCAUUGGUGCUAUUACAAUGAGCAUUAUGCAGAGCAGGAUGGCACAGCGUAGUGAAUUAGCAGCACCCCAACCGGUGGCUGAUGAUCAGAGCCACUUCGACACAGCGAGAAUCGCCGGCUGCCUUUAUCUUAUGGCUGCUGUCUUCGUUUUAUCGACCAACGUGGUCUUGCAGGCUUCAGCAUUAAGUGAUUUUCCAGCACCAAUGUCUCUGUGUGCAAUAACAUCUUGGAUGGGCAUGAUAAUUACUGCACUUGUAGAGCUGAUUCAAGGUCAAAAAUUUGAUCUAGGACCGCCCACAAUAGCCCGUCAUGACAUAGUUAUAUGUUUUCUACUGGGCGGCAUUGUUGGUGGUGGCUGUGCAAGUUUCAAUGCAUGGGCGCUGAAGAAAAGAGGGCCUGUCCUGGUGUCCAUGUUUAUGCCUAUCGGAACAGUCAUCUCAGUCAUCUUCUCUAUCAGCACCUUGGGAGACAAUUUCGGUCUAGGAAGUCUUCUGGGUAUGCUGCUCAUGUUUAUGGGCCUCUACUUCUUUCUGUGGGCAAAAUCAAGAGAAGAUUUUUCAGUUUCAGAUAGAGACGCCUUGGAAAGUGAUUGCUGUGACAUUAAGAAGCCCCUAUGCUCAUGAUAUUCUCUAUAUUUUAUUGUCAAAUUAAUGCCGAGCCAUGGCCCAAGUGGUACACGUGCAUCAAAUUUAUCCUUACAUAUUUGGGGGGCCCUGUUCUCCACCUUCUGGCAAUUAGGGUUAGUGCAUCGUCCUGGUUGUACUUGUAAUUGUUGUCGUUGGUAUUAGCCGCCACUGAUGGUCAACAAACUAAAUAAAUAUAGUUUAUUUUUUCUAGGAAGUGACUAUAAAUAGAUAAUACCAUCAUAGAUAAGAUAAAUACGAUUGGAAGCUCAGGCUUUAUACAAUUUACUUUAAUUAGUGGGAUUAAGAAUUUUUUUUUUAUUAUUGUUAUUACUGUUAAUGUAACA